AUGCUGUCAACUUUAUCCUCGCCUUGUGACGCCAUGUACGGCCAUGUGCCUAUCGCUGGGGCGCUGUAUCGCAGGCACCCUGUGAUCGUCAAGGACGUUGCCGGUCUGGUGCAAGGGGCGUACAAGGGAAAGGGAAAGGGUAAUCAAUUCCUCAACGACCUCUGUGAUGCGAAUGUUCUCGUGCACGUCGUGGAUGGGGCGGGGGCGACCAACGCCGACGGAUCCGUGUGUCCCCCAGGAACAGGUUCUACAUGUGACGACAUCGCGUGGGUUCGUGCGGAGGUUCACAGUUGGAUUUAUGACAACCUUCGGGCGAAGUGGGGCAGCCUCCGCAGGAAGCCGGAGAAGCUGCGAACAAUGUUUACAGGCUACCGAAGUCCUCCUUCCUUUGUGGAUGGGGUGCUGUGGCACAUGGGCAUCACGGGCGAGACGGCGCUGAUGAACCACUUGCCUGCAUGGGGGCCAGCGGAGGUUCAUUAUCUUGUGGCGCUGUAUGUGCGUCUGCGAUUCCCUAUCGUGGUUGCGCUUAACAAGUCAGACAUGCGGCCUGUGGCUGGAAAGUUGCACGCCGAACUCCAGCGACGUUACCCCCAUGAAACAUUUGUGCCGAUGUCUGCAAAGGUGGAGUGCCAUCUGUUGCGGCUGCGGCGCAAGGGCCUUGUGCAGUACGUCUCUGGGGAUUGUACCUUUCAAGAGACUUACGGAGGGAGCAACGGCGAUAACAAAAAAUGUGCCAUGACCCCUACCGAUGCAAAGACACUUGCUGAAGUACGCCACUUUUUUGAUUCCGCGUGCGCCACUGCUACAACUGGGGUGCAAGAGGUGAUGGCUGCAGCACUGCAGCGCUGCCCUCUUGCUUUGGUGUUUCCCACCGCCUCGAUGAAGCUGCCGUUGCCCUCACUGAAAGAGUGCUUUGUGUUUAAGUCAGGCAGCAGCGCUGGAGAGGUGUUUGAGGCCUUCCUGCAUGCAUACCUGUUGGAGGGGAAACUCGUGAGGUUUGAGGCGGUGUGCGUGGAGCGUAUAUGCGAGGGCCGCGAACCGACGUCUCUCAAGAAAGAUGCCGCGCUACCGGGACGGCAUGUGCUGGUGCGUGUUCUGACAAAUAAGAGGCAGCUGGCUGCGUGA